GGCUUGUUGGUGCUGGACGAAAUGGACAUUGCGCUUGAGGUUUCCUUGUACAUCGAGCGCUUCCACAACCUGGAUCUCUGGCAGCAAGGAUGGUAUGCAUUGAAGGUCACUUGCGCUUGGGAGGGAAACGAUCGAGAAGCUGGAAUUCCCACUCGAGUCGUGCAAUACGAAGGUGCGAGCGAUGGACUCUCGACUGUUUGGCAUAUAAGUGACACCGAUCACAGCUUCUGCACACGCCCUUUCAAGAUCAAGUAUGCUCGCCAAGACGUGUUUCUGGCUAUGAUGGUCUCGUUCAGCCUUGCUUUUAAAUCUGUGGAGGAGAUUCUCAACUCAUCAGCUCUCAUCAAGUUCCACCUCCUUUUUGCUCCUUUGGACGGCUUUUUGUUUUUCAACUCGAUGCACAUGGAGUUACCCACCGUUGCAAGCCACUGUUACCGGCUUUCGCCGCGAGCUGUUCACGGUGCACACGCUUACUGUCCUUUGCACUUUGAUGCAAGCCAUAUGGCUCUGGUCGAUGUCUUCGUACACACGGUGAUACUCAGCACUUCGCACCACGAGAUCGAACCUCUUCAUGCUGCAACUGAAGGAAACUCGUUAAAGAGCGUGGAAGUGCAUAAAGUACUGCUUUCAUCUAGGAAUGCUCUUGUGUCGCUGCUCAACGCGUUUGGAAGCAUAGAGCAGCUUCAAGAGGAGAUCACGGGGAAUAAAGGAGCAAGCCAAGAGCUUGAGGAUCAGCUCUCUGGCCUAUGGAAUCUUUUCAUGAAACUUCAUAGGGAAAACAAGGAUUUCUUUUGCACCUCGCUCCGCAAUUCUUGGAAUCAAGAAAGAUACGCUCACUGUCUCAUGUGGGUGAGGCAUUCAGAGCUUACUGGCACGAGGGAGUCUGAAGAUAAAUGGGCAGUAAAUCGUGCUGAGAUACAUCGGAAAAGCCUCAUGCAAACACCGAUCGGAUGUGACUUUGAAGAUAUGCAUUUGUUCGGAAGGCCUUCACAACAACCCAUUAUCUUUGUGGAGCAUGAACAGAUUGGAGAUGCCGAAGAAACAAGUGGCAGAGGCAUCGACGAGUUAAGGCUGGUAAUAUUUGUUCAUGGUUUUCAAGGCCACCAUUUGGAUUUGAGACUCGUUCGCAAUCACUGGCUUUUAGCUGAUCCUGAAGCCGAGGUUCUUAUGUCUCUCGCCAACGAGGAGCGAACGUCCGGCGACUUGUCCGAGCUAGGAGGCCGGCUGGCAGACGAAGCGGCCGAGUUUCUAAAGUCGAGAAUGAGCAAACCAAGGAAAUAUGGAGCCUACAGAAACUUUAAGAUCAGUUUUGUGGGACACUCUAUCGGGAAUCUGAUCAUUCGAGCUGCAUUGAUGGAGACUUCAUUUCAACCUUACCUCAAGUACUUGUACACUUUCUUAUCCAUAUCUGGUCCACAUCUCGGCUAUCUCUACAGCUCAAACCCGCUUUUCAACUCGGGCCUCUGGAUACUGAAGAAAUGGAAAGGCUCGGCUUUGAUGCACCAGCUAACUUUCUCCGACAAGACGAAUAUCGAGGACUCUUUUCUUUUCAAGCUAAGCCAGGCCAAGACUUUCGAGCUGUUCCAAAAUGUCAUCUUGCUCUCCUCACCCCAGGAUCGCUAUGUACCAUAUCACUCGGCCAGGAUAGAGAUGUGCCAGGCGGCUCUCCGUGACGCAAAACGAGGCCCGGCAUUUGCAGUCAUGCUCCACAAUUGCCUGCUGCAACUCAAGACGCCGUCGCCACUCCGGCAGCGCAACUUGAUACGCUGCGAUGUUAACUUCGAUAUCUCCUCGCAGGCCAGGACUUUCAACGCCUUCAUCGGCCGCACCGCUCACAUCGAGUUCCUGGAAACCGAUGCUUUCAUUCGCUUCAUCAUCUGGACGUUUCCAAAGUGCUUCACCUGAGAGAUCUUCGUUCUUUCUGCGAAUGGAGCUUGGACGCGUGUAAGUUUGCGUUUCUCGUUGAGCUUCUCUUCCAGAAUACUUGUAAAAAAGCUUUACUUAGUGACGUGGCAUAAUUUUGCCACGUCACGAGAAAACUUAUUCCCGGCAUAUGCUUUUAAAGCCCUA